GGGUAAACAAGAUUGCCAACAAACACUACAAUGUAGAUUAAACAGUCGCAUGCAAACACACAAAAUCGGGCUGCUGCAACCAUGAGUUCCAAAGUACUGCUGCUUGGACACCUGCAAACGCCUGUAAACUGAAAAGCUUUUGUGUUGGUAAUCCCUCUGAGGCAGCAGCCAGGCUAGCAAGCCAGUAAUUCUUUACAGUACAGGGACCAAUAAAAAUGGAGGCUGACGAGAAAACAAAAAGUCAGACUGGUAGUGCAGAGAAGAUUAGGACAAGUUUGUUUCAUCUCCUUCUGGAUAAGAGGAUGCUGCUGAAUCCCAAGGAAGAAGUGAAGUUCCUGCUUCAUCGGCUAAUAUUUAUUGCCAGAAUAUCACCAGAGCUGGCUGACAAAAGGGACCUCGGAGGAUAUUAUGAGCAGCUUUACCAGGACCUGCAGCGUUACUUUCAGGGUGAUGGUGUGACUGGCCUGCUUCUGCUCUACCCAUCCUACCUUCUACACAUUGUGGAGUCUUCCAAUGAUGUUCUUUUUUCUGUACUGCGGGAUCUGGGACACAUGCAGCAGCAAGGACACAGUGCCCUUAUUCUGGAGCCCCGGAUCCUGGUGAUCUCUCAUGACAUUCCCAACAGGCUGUUUCAACAGUGGAGCUACAAGGUCCUCAGCGUCCCAGCCAGGAGGCUGACAGAGACAGAGCAAACCGAGCCGCCUGAGAAGCUAGUGAGCGAAUCCCUGACCAUGCUGAUGAAACUGGGGGUGGAAAUGCUCAAGACUCCCAAGCGUUCUAAAAACUCAGCUGAUUCUGUCCUGGACAAGGUGCCUGAGUUGAUCGUUCCUCAGGACAACAUUGAGCACCUGCUGAAGAACGAGGCUCUGUUGACUCCUCUGCAGUAUCUAAAUGCUUAUGACUGUCCGAUCAACGUGGUCAUGGAUUCUGACCAUGUUUGGCCAACACAUGAGCACUUUGAUCCCAUCCUGUGAAUAUGAGAUACCACACUACGUCUGUAUUAGUCCAGUUAUUUAUGCCGUACAGGAAUCACUGUUUUGGAGGGACCUGGAAACGUACAGCAUAUUUUAAUCUGUAUGAUUAUUUCAAUACCUUUUUUUUUUUGAAAGACUUAAAGCAUUACUUAAGCAUUAUGCUAGCAUGUAAAUGUGACUAGUAAGCAUUGGGGGUGAGUUAGGUCAGUGACACAGACAUAAGGAAAAAAUACAAAGCAAUGCAGCUAAUAUAUUCUUACUGCACAAACAUUAGCCCUGCCUAAGAGAUGAUACAUUUUUAUCUGAUGUUAAAAAAAGCUUUUGUGAUUAUAUGAAAUUUAACAUGCAACAAUAAUAGCUUUGUUUGUUGUAAAUCUGAUAAUACCUUUAGAGCUAAUGUUUUUCAAGUGUAUUGACACUGUAUUUCCUGUACUGAUCCUCACUUUGUGCUUUAAAAGCAGCUCGAUUAAAGCACCCUAGAUUCUGUGCCAGCAUUUUUGGGUACUUUUAAGAUUUAGAAAAAUAGAAUAAAAUGUUUAAUUUAAACCCCUCACAACCUUCAUUAAUGUGUUAUUUGUUAUUGCUAUUUAAUUUUCAACAAGAGAGCUUUUGUACAACCAAAGUCUUAAAAAAAACCAAAACCAAAAAAAAAAAAAACACGUGGUUUGUAUGGAAUAGUUGUGUGUGAUACUGUGGGAGUCAAACACACUUGCCCAAUACUGACACCCAGUGGGGGAAAAGGGCAGGACAGAUGCAGCUGUAAGGCUCAACUCAGGAGUCAGUCUGUCUUUUUAAUGUUCCAAACAAUAAGGGGUUAACUGGAAUGGUAGGUGAGAAACUAUUUGUUAAGGUUAUUAUCCCUUUAAGAACAGAGUACACAAUUUCUAGAAAUGCACCCCUUGUGGUUACAUCCAUUACAUACAUACAUACUUUAAAAAGAUAGGUUUUUAAUUGGUUCAGCAUUCUGCUGAGGAGGAUUGUUGCAGUGUUCACGGUACAGGCUGUGUUUGGCUUGUAGGCUGGGCUAGUAUAAGCAGGGAAACAUUGUCAGGAUCAAUGGUUUCUCCUCAGCAGCCAAUUCCGGUUCCUCCAACGGCCAGCGAGCGCCACCCACAAAUAGCAAGGUCCCAUGGGUACGAACAGCUUUGUAAAUGUUUCCAUCGUGGUUCUGUAUGACACACACCACGGACUGAGAAAGAGCCACAGUAUUACAGUUUCUGGUAAACCACCUGUAUAUCUGUGUCAUGUUUAAACAUGAACCAUUGAAAUACUAUGGUUAACGAGUGCCAGACCUUGCUGUGGAUGCUACCACAUCCGAACCAUGUUCAACACACACAUACACACUUCCAUCACACCAUGGCAGUAUCAGACCCAGUCAUAAUGGUUGGCCAUGAGGCUAAGACUUGGAAAUCAAACAUGACGGGUAAUGUAGCUCUAGUAUUAAAGCCAAGAUCAUUUGUAUAGUAAUGGACUUUUAUUGGUGCAUAUUAUACAGCCUUUCCAGCAAGCAGCAUUCUCUUAGCAUAUUCCAUAGUGGUUGGAUCAAAUGAUUUCUUUUUUUUCUAAUUGAUCUGGUUUUCCAAUCAGGUUGCUUAAUCUUUUUGCAUGGUGUCUGAGACUUGUCUGCCUUGUAAGUAGCAGGAUGAUGUUCAAGACCCAGUCGCUAUGGACUGGUCACCAGCACAAAACAUCUGGAAGUUUUCAUCAGGGCCAUUGCUUCUGCCAGUACCAUCUCAUGGAUCUAUACAAUGUCCCUUGCAAAAGACAACAUCCCUUUAUGCAACAGGAAAGUUAACUGCAGUUACAGAUAAGUAUGGUACAUACACAUUAGUUCAUUAACCUCGAGCUUACAAGUACCCAAAAUUUUACAUCGUGAAGCCUGUCUUUAACAGCACUUUUCACCAGAAUAUAACCUGGGAGUAUUGUGGCUAAAAUAACAACCCUUUUAAGGUUGUUACUGUGCGUAUCACAUCUGGAAAUAUGCAGAUGUAUACAGAGAAAUGUAGGGUAAAUCAGUCUGUUGUAAUUGCAAAUUCACGAGAAAGGAACAUGUUGAUUGUUAAUUUUUUUUUUUUUUUUUUUGCAAAAUAUGCAGCCUUGAGCCACUGGAAAGUAACAGAACCACAUGUAUUUGAAUAUGAUAUAUUAAAAAAUAAUAAAACAUCAGACCUGUGAGCAAAAGUUAUUUGUUAUAGGC